GCGCAGACCGAGGCCAGGAGGCGGCUGGCGGCUGCGCGGUUGCGCGGGUGCGCGCUGGCGGCGGCGGCUCAGUCCGCGCGGCGCCCCCGCUGCGGCCCCAGCGGCCUGGGCUGCGGGAUCGGUGCGCAGCGAUGGCGCGGCCGCCCCGGCAGCUGCCGGGGGUCUGGGCGCCGCUGCUCCUGCUGCUGCUGGCCGGGCCCGCCGCCUGCGCCGCCAGCCCCGCAGACGACGGUGCGGGCCCAGGGAGCCGGGGACCCCGAGGCCGCGCGCGCGGAGACGUGGGCGCCGACGAGACGGUGCCGCGCCACGACUCCUCCUACGGCACCUUCGCUGGGGAGUUCUACGACCUGCGCUACCUGUCAGAGGAGGGUUACCCUUUUCCUACUGCUCCUCCUGUGGACCCAUUUGCCAAAAUCAAAGUGGAUGACUGUGGAAAAACUAAGGGAUGCUUUAGGUAUGGCAAACCAGGCUGUAACGCAGAGACCUGCGACUACUUCCUCAGCUACCGGAUGAUCGGGGCUGAUGUGGAGUUUGAGCUGAGUGCAGACACAGAUGGCUGGGUAGCAGUUGGAUUCUCUUCAGACAAGAAGAUGGGCGGUGAUGAUGUCAUGGCCUGCGUUCAUGAUGACAACGGCAGGGUCCGCAUUCAGCACUUCUACAAUGUAGGCCAGUGGGCGAAGGAGAUCCAGAGAAAUCCUGCCCGGGAUGAAGAAGGUGUCUUUGAGAACAAUCGCGUCACCUGCAGAUUUAAACGUCCAGUGAAUGUUCCCAGAGAUGAGACGAUUGUUGACCUGCACUUGAGUUGGUAUUACUUGUUUGCCUGGGGUCCAGCCAUUCAGGGCUCCAUCACCCGACAUGACAUAGACUCACCACCAGCUUCAGAACGUGUUGUCAGCAUUUACAAGUAUGAAGACAUUUUUAUGCCGUCAGCUGCCUACCAGACCUUCUCCUCCCCGUUCUGUUUGCUUCUCAUUGUUGCCCUGACCUUCUACUUACUGAUGGGAACCCCUUAACCACAGCUGCAGCCAACAGAGCAAUGGAG